UCGUCGAUCAUAAAUGGAGGUUUUGUUUCACAGUUUUCCAAGUAUCUUCCCAUUUCAGUUUCUUCAACUUACUUUGGCUUAGAGAAUCUGUAACGCUCACCACCAACCUGUUCUACAUACAUUAACUCCUCCACCAUCCAUUUGUCACUCCAAUUUUGACCUUCAUCCUUGCAUUUACUCUGAACAAGAUCUCAUAGCAGUGCGUGCCCAGUACUCGAUUUUUCUAUCUUUCUUUCAAUGAAUCAAUACCCUGUUUCUUCGAAUUCCAUGGCUAUAAAAAUCACUAAUGUUUUCUCAGCGAGGCACUUGUCCCUGCUUUCGUUGGGUAGGAAGGCAACGGAAAUGCUGAGAAAAAUUUAGAAAGCUUCGCUGGGGAGGAUAGUGACUGGGGGAAUGCAGAGGAAAAAAUUUAGAGCAUUUCUUGAGCCUGGGGGGCUUUCCUGUAGCACGUCUCUAAGCAUAAAAUUGGUCAGGAUUUCACACACGGAGGAAUCAUAUGCUUGUCUCUUGAUUGAAAAACAAUAUUGCAUGCAUUUAAUGCCUUCAAAUCAAAUUUCUUCCCACGUGGAAACGAAAUCAAGCCACGUAAAAGGAAUGGAUAUGACCCAAACAGUCUUCUACUCUUUUGGUUUUAUAUGCACUUUCCCCUUUUUCUGGAAAGACAUCAACUUUUAUUUUCGGUUCUUUAACUCAUCUCUCUCUUCCCCAAUUCCUCAGGUCAUAGAAUAUUUAGCCACCGCUCCCGUUACUUACAACAAAAAACAGAAUUAAUUGCAAAAGUUUUCCUAGCUGACAUUAAAAAUCCAGAAGAAAUGGUGUUUCCUGCUGCAGGAGGAGGCGAUGGUGGUUGGGCAGACAUGAGGAGCUUCGCUUCCCAGGUGCUCAGGGGGCGUUGGCUCAUGGUGUUUGCAACAUUUAUACUGAUGUCCGUCUCCGGCGCGAGCUACUCGUUCGGCCUUUACUCCAAUGAUAUCAAAUCCACACUCGGCUACGACCAAUCCACCCUCAAUUUGCUUAGCUUCUUCAAGGACUUGGGCUCCAACGUCGGCCUCGUUUCAGGCCUAAUCAACGAGAUCACACCCACCUGGGUUGUCUUAUCUGUGGGUGCAGCUUUCAGUUUUUGUGGGUACUUCAUGCUAUGGCUCGCCGUGACCCAAAAAAUUGCUCGGCCAAAAGUCUGGCAUAUGUGCUUUUACAUCUUCAUCGGGGGAAAUGCCCAUACCUUCACCAACACUGGAGCCCUCAUCACCUGCGUUAAGAACUUCCCAGAAAGCCGUGGUGUCGUGAUCGGCGUGAGUAACGGUUAUCUCAGUCUGAGUACCGCAAUUAUGACGCAGUUUUACCACGCCUUCUAUGGCGACGACACUAAGUCUUUGAUUUUCCUAAUGGCAUCUCUUCCAAUGGCUAUAUCCUUCAUUUUUAUUCGAGUCAUCAGAAUAAUUAAGGGUGCUCGGCAACCUAAGGAGACCAAAGUUUUCUAUCAGUUCCUCUAUAUUUCACUCAGUCUUGCUGGGUUUUUGCUGAUUAUGAUCAUCGUACAGAAGAUUAAUAUUGUCAAAUUCACGCAAAGCGCAUACGGUGGUAGUGUCGCCGGUGUGCUUUUCUUGCUCUUUCUCCCACUUGCUGUCGUUAUUAAGCAAGAGUAUAUGCUUUGGAAGAGCAGUAACAAAGCUACCAAUGAUCGUUCACCUUCUACGAGGACCUCUGAGAUUGAGAAACAAAACCGUGAGACGCCUCCAUCUGAAAAAGCACUACCAUUUACUUCAGCAACCCUUUCGCAACCGAAUGCAAGUGCAGAAAAUCAAGAUUCCUGCUGGAAGACCAUGUUUCAGAAGGUAGAAAGAGGGGAGGACCACACCAUACUCCAAGCGGUUUUCAGCAUCGAUAUGUUCCUGCUGUUCUUGGCUACAACUUGUGGCCUGGGGGGCACAUUAACGGUGAUGGACAACUUGGGACAGCUCGGACUUUCCUUCGGAUAUUCGCGUGGAGAUAUCAGCAUAUUUGCUUCCCUUAUGAGCAUAUGGAUAUACUUCGGAAAGAUCCUCGGAGGUGUGGUGUCUGAAAUCCUUUUAACCAAGUACAAGUUCCCUCGUACUCUCAUGCUCACUCUAGUCCUUUUAUUAUCCUGUGCUGGGUUUCUUCUGAUCGCAUUCAGCCCUCCUUACGCACUUUACAUUGCAUCAAUCAUAAUUGGGUUUUGUUUCGGAGCACAAUGGCCUCUAAUUUUCGCCAUAAUCUCUGAACUUUUUGGCCUGAAGUACUACUCCACUCUGUACAAUUUCGGGGUAGUGGCUAGCCCAGUUGGGUCCUUUUUGCUCAAUGUGAAGACAACAGGGUAUUUAUACGAUAGGGAGGCUAAGAAGCAACUGGCAGCGUUGGGGCUCGAGAGAAAGCCUGGGGAGGAACUAAAUUGUGUCGGGGGUGAUUGCUUUAAACUGCCUUUCAUUCUUAUUACUGCCGUGACCUUGUUUGGGACGCUUGUUUCGCUUAUUUUGGUGCUUAGGACGUCGAACUUUUAUAAGAGUGACAUAUAUAAGAAGUUCCGAGAACAGGUAAAAGUGGCCGAGGCCGGACAGGUGAUGGCCGACAAAAAUGGAGUUGGAUUGCCAAAGGUGAACGAAAGCCAGAAUACUGUCUAAAAAGGGCGGUUUGAUUGAUCCAGACAAAUAAGAAAGAUGAAAGUCCUACCGUUGAAAUUCAUAUCCGAUGGCAAUAACUAGUCAAUUUUCUUCGCAAUAAUAAGCUUUCUACUGUGAUAUUGACUUUGUCAAAAUAAAAAUAAAAUGAUGUGUAUUAUUUGUAUA